UAUAUAUAUAUAUUUAUAUACAUAUAUACAUCACCUGCUGCACAGUAAUUUAUAGAAAAGCAAUUACACUAAUUGUUGAUUUAAAUAUCCCCUUUAGCAUAUAUUACACCUAAACAGUACAAUUCUCGAAUUCGAUUAGAACUCGAUCGGUCCUCGAGUCCGAUAUUCCUGUGAAGAAAGUACAUUUUGUAAAACCAAUUCAAGACUGCCAUCGUCGUAGUGUAAAUAUAGUAACAGCUAAAAUGGCUUUGAAAAUUCGCGUCGAUUCGCCGAAUGUGAAAUACACAGAAGAUUAUAUCGAGGCACGGUACGAGUAUCAAACAACGAGCGUUACAGAAGGCAACAGUGUAAAUUACACGGUAACACCUGUAACAACAAACCUAUUAAUUAGAACACAACUGAAAGUUCCGAAACUUGGAUUAAUGUUGGUAGGAUGGGGUGGAAAUAAUGGUACCACUAUUACCGCAGCAUUAAUAGCAAACAAACUGAAGUACGGUUCCUUAAUUCAAGCAUCUACUGUCAGAUUAGGCAAAGGAAAGAAAGAAGAUGUGUAUGUUCCCAUGUCUUGGAUGCUCCCGAUGGUAAAUCCAGAUGAUAUUGAAGUUGAUGGCUGGGAUAUUUCAAAUAUGAAUUUAGCUGAUGCUAUGCAACGUGCAAAAGUUUUGGAUAUUAAUUUACAGAAGCAAUUAGUACCACAUUUGAUGCACAUGAAACCAAGAAAAAGCAUAUAUUACUCUGACUUCAUUGCUGCCAAUCAGGAAAAAAGAGCAAAUAAUAUUAUUCCUGGUACAAAGUUUGAACAAUUAGAACAAAUUAGAAAAGACAUUGCAGAAUUUAAAGCUACAAAGAAUUUGGAUCAAGUAAUUAUAUUAUGGACUGCCAAUACCGAACGAUUUUCGGAGAUAAUUCCAGGUGUAAAUGAUACAGCAGAAAAUUUAUUAAAUGCUAUUAAAGAAAGUCAUUCAGAAAUUAGUCCAAGUACAGUGUUUGCUGUUGCUGCUGCUUUGGAAGGAUGUACAUAUAUAAAUGGGUCUCCUCAAAAUACUUUCGUACCAGGAGCAAUAGAAUUAGCAGAGAAACAUAAAACAUUUAUUGGUGGUGAUGAUUUUAAAUCCGGGCAAACAAAAUUAAAAUCUGUACUUGUGGACUUUCUAGUCUCAGCUGGUAUUAAACCAGUAUCAAUUGUUAGUUACAACCAUCUUGGAAAUAACGAUGGAUAUAAUUUGUCUGCCCCACAACAAUUUCGUUCAAAAGAGAUUUCAAAAAGUAAUGUUGUGGAUGAUAUGGUGCAAUCAAAUAAAAUUCUUUACCAACCUGGAGAAAAGCCAGAUCAUUGUGUUGUUAUUAAAUAUGUUCCAUAUGUUGGUGAUAGCAAACGAGCGAUGGAUGAAUACACAUCAGAAAUAUUACUUGGAGGACAUAAUACAAUUGUGAUACAUAAUACAUGUGAAGAUUCUCUAUUGGCUAGCCCAAUUAUUUUGGAUCUGGUUCUUUUAGCAGAGAUUUGUUCACGUAUUACUUUCAAAUUAGCUUAUACCAAAGAUGAGUUUACUGAAUUUCACAGUGUGCUUUCCAUACUUUCAUAUCUUUGCAAAGCACCAUUAGUGCCUCGAGGAACACCGGUUGUGAAUGCAUUGUUCAGACAACGAGCAGCAAUUGAAAAUAUCUUAAGAGCCUGCCUUGCAUUGCCUCCCGAAAAUAAUAUGUUACUUGAGCACAAAGUUCAUUUCAAAAACUAAGUAUGAAUUUAAAAGGAAAGAUAUAUUAUAUGUUCCAAAGUAAGGGUAUUAUUUGCAAAAAAAAAAAGAAAAAAAAAAG